GUUAAAGGUCGCGCGCGCCGUAAAUGUCCCGGAUUGAAUAUGGCGGCACCACUGGUACUACCUAACUGAGUCUAGUGAGAAAAGGUGUGUAAAGGAGCAUCGUUUGUCAGCUUUUUUGUAAUGUUUCCGGUGAUUCUCUUCUAACUCUCUUGCAUUGAUGGUGAUGUAUGCAAGCAAACAUCCAAGGCUCAGUGAUGGGUUCCAUGAAAGGAAUGAUGCCCAUCUUUUCCAGGGUGUUGAGAGCCACUCGAAUAGUCUUGAGAUCAAUGAAAUGGCAACGGAGAGGGAAAGAAAGAAACCUGUGCCUUCAUCUGCUACUGGAAGCCAUAUAUCAGCCAAUCAGAAUGCUGACAGCCAUUCAGCGACUUGUCAAAACAGCCCUAGGAAUGUCAUCAGUAAAAACAUGUACUUGCAGCGACAGAAAGACAAACACAAACCAGAAGCUGUCAGUGGAACGAACUCUGUCCAUAUUGCAGAAAAUAAAACAGCAAAUCAUCAGGUCCAUACUCAACCAAAUUCACACCACUCAACUGACCAUGAGCAGCAUAUCAAAACGAUUUUGGAAAAGGCCAAAGAAUGGUCAGAACACAAGAGUUCAUCAGGGAAGAAAUAUUACUACAACUGUAGAACAGAAGUAUCACAAUGGGAAAAGCCAAAGGAGUGGGUUGAAAGAGAAAAGCUGCAGCGAGUUGUUGGCACAGGAAAACUGGGUACCAGUGAUUCACCUCACCAACCAUCUACUACCCCUACUGUGUCAUCUAGAGCUUUACCAAAUGACAAGCAUUCCAAUGAUGACAAGCCCCAUGAAAGUGAGCAUGAGUCUAACACCUGUAAUAAAUCUGAAAAACGAGCUGACAGUCAAUCACAGGAUAGGAAAUCAAACACAAGCCAAUCACAGAGCAGACCACAGCUCACCAGUCCACACCCUAAGUCGGCCCAUUUACAUUCUUCAUCAUCAACUACAAGCAAAGCUUAUUCAACCAGCCAAUCACAGCAGCCUAAAUGUAGUAGCAGCCAAUCACAUUUAUCGUCAUCCUCGUCACACUCCAGUAAUGCUGUAGGGCAGUGUUACGAAUUGCAACCUAAAUCGAUGGGCCAUUCGCAACCUCCUGUAUCAAGGCCACCAAAUGCGGAAAAGACUCAGAAUUAUCGUAUUGAAAAUUCAAGAAGAGACUUGCAGGCAGCAAAUUUGAAAAUGCCAGUAUCACUAGCUACUGACAUGUAUGGAAGGCUUAAAAAUCUUGUAGCUGCCUCACAUCCCCCCAAGGGUUCUGAUAGUGAUUCACCUCAGAUACAGAGCACACCUUCUCCUGCAGAUACUCCAUCACCAGUCACCUCCAGGUUUCAGAAUCAGAGUAAACCCUUCCCAUCUAGGUCACCUUCAACAGACAAGGACAGGCACUCGCAUCAAAACGAAAGGAAUGAUGAACUCAAUGAAAGGUUAUCAAGCCAAUCACCAAUGUCAGGAGCCUCGCUAUCCCCUUCUCCGUCUCACCCCUCCCCUUCUCCGUCUCACCCCUCCCCUAUGCUGCAGCAUUCAACGCCAGGCACGUCAAGAACCCAUCAGCAAGGGACAGAAGAAAGAAUACCCCAUACAUCAUCUACAGAGGACAGGUAUAGGAAAAACCACACAACUAGAGGGGGAGUGUCAAAUCAUACUCCAACGUCCUCGUCCUCUGUUUCAAGUAGUGGAAGGAACUCUUCACUGUCCAAGGACAGAGAACGUGAUAGAUAUUGUGACAAGGAAAGGAACAGAGAUUGUGACCGUGAAAGGGAAAGAGAAGGCGAUCUUGAACAAGAGCAGGACCAAGAAAGGGAUCAAGAGCAUGACCAAGAUCAUGAAAGAGAUAGAGAAUGGGACAGAGACAGGGAAACGAAAAGAAACGGGGAUAAAGAAAGGGGUAGAGAAAGGGAGACAGAAAAGGAAGAUGAUAGAGAAAUGGAGAGGGAUAGAGACAGUAAAAACCACAUGGAAAGAGACAGGACUCAAGACAAGGAGGAGAAAGAUAGAGAUCCUGACAGGGAAAAGGGGAAAGAACAGGAAAGAACCAGAGAUUCAGAACCAUCACUUAAUGGUGACGAAAAUGAGGAAAAACACCAUUCUGGGAAUGACAAGCUCCUUAAUACUGAGAACAGUUCUGAAAGUGAAAAGCACUGGACAGAAACUGAUAAUAAAGAUGGCAAGAAGCAUGCGACGGACAUCAAAGAGAGGACAGGCACUCCACCAACAGCAUCAAGCAGUGAAACAAAUGGUGAUAAUUUGGAGAAGAAAUCCAUGGUUCCUGAGAAGUGCUUUGACAAUGUAGACUCCUCCAGCAAAACUGUCACAUCAGAAUUUAAUGCUGCAGAAAAUAUUCCAGCCUUAAUGCAGCUAUCCUCCUCCCUCACUUCCUAUGUCACAGAAGACCUGACUAAACAUAUGGCAGGAUGGGCUACAGAGUUUGGAGAGAAACAGGCUGCCAAAGCGAGUGAAGAUACCCAUGUACUAGGGGCUGAAAGUACUGCACAGCUAUCGGUAGAUCUCAAGUUUGCACGUUCAUUAGUGAGAGUAUCAGAAAUUCAGGCUAACCUCCAAGAAGAAAGAGUAUUAUUUCUUCGUAAACAAGUCCUAGAACUAGAGAAGCUGAAGAAUGAGAAUGCCUUUAUGACAUAACAGCAAGAUGGUAGUAGAAUUACACUUAAAAAAAGUUUAUACACUAUAUUUUCGUUACACUGAAUAUUCAAGUAUCUUGCAAAUAAGCUUUAUAGUCACAAGAAUUAGUAUGUUUACCUUUUGUUUCCUCCCCCCCCCCCCCUCUCUCUCUCUCUCUCUCUCCAUCCCUCCCCAACCACUCCCUCUUUAUUCCUGCUCUUUUUUCUUCUACCUUUUAUCUCUCUUCCACCUCUCCCCCUCUCCUCUCUUCACCAGUCUCUCAACCUACAUGUUUUGUUUGUUCAUUCCACGAGGUGAAAAUUUCCAUAUUUUUGGAGUUCAUUCAAAUAAUUUUGUUCAGCCUAAAACACAGAUUAUUUUUUUUUGUCGCAGGAGAGCAGUCUAAAUUACUUUUAGAAAUAAAGGUAUGUGUAUUGUACAAUGAACCUGAAAGUCAUAAUCAAUUUCAUGAAUGAGUGCCAAGAGCAGCCUGUCAAGAAUUAUAAUCAUAGAGCCAGAGUAACUGUCUUUAUCAGUAAGAAAUGGAUUACUAUGUCAUUUCGACCUUCAUAAAUGUAUUCAUUAGAUACUCAAAACAAGAUUAAUGAAUUUGAAUUUAAAACUCUUAAGCCUCACAUCCACUUCAAUUUGUGUAUUAUGGAACUAAGUUGGUGAGACUUAUUCAUAUUUCAAGUGAUUUCAUUUUUGUCUUGUAUUUGAUUCCAUGUAAAUGCAACUGCAUUGAGAUUCUAGUGACUGCAGAUAAGGGAAUCGUGCUUGCCAAUUAUAAGUCAAGCUGGUGAAAUCACUUAAAACAGGGGCUACAUUAGCAUGUUUCCACUUUGCCCUACACAAGGGCUCCUCACUCCUCUAAAACCAGAAACUUAUGUGUGCCUAAAACGAUUGCAAAACCUUCAUGCCACAAAAUGAAGGCUAAAACAAUUAUCUAGACCUGCCCAACUUUUGGCACCAAACUCUGUUUAAGACUUCAAAUUUUUUGCUUUUCAUCUCGUAAAUUUCACAUUUAUUUCUACUAACCUUUGGUUUCUUUAAUGCUCGUUGAUAUAUGACGCAGUAAAAAAUCAACCGCUUUUAAAAAAAUUGUGUAACUGAAUGGCAACUGCAAAAUACAAAGGUUUACUGAGCUCUGUGUUAUAAGAUAGAGAAAUGUGAAACGUAUGAACCCUCAAAAAUAACACCGAAAUGCAGUGGUUUUGUCUUGUCAUAUCUGAAAAGGCUUUAAUGAGGCAAGUUGACUUUUGCAUUUUAUUGUAUGUUAUUUAUUGCCAUGGUAGUAUAAUAUCUUGUACGGAUGCCACGAGAUCUGGAAGCUGUCGGGUCAAAUAAAGGAGACAAUGUGCCAACCUGUAUUUUUUUUAUUGGGGGAAACUACACUGGAGUGAAAGUGGUAUGAUGUAGAUAGUUGGGUAAAGGGUUGAUCCCUGACACUGAAUCUACAUUAUAUCAUGCACUUAUGCUAACAGGUUCUCAGUUGAUACAUAUUAUGUCCCACUACCCCAUCCCAUACACACCAGAAAUUAUGGAAAUAGAAAAUUCACUGACAUCUUUCCCACUGUAUUUUUGUAGUUACUUAACAGUAACAGGGUUGGUCAGUAAAUACCGGCCCGGAAAUUCAUGUACCAGGGGGUUAGUACUGCCAAACAGGAAAUACUGGGAAAUACUACAUAAACAACAUUUUGUUUCCUGUAAAAUAUCUUUUGAUAUUUAGAUCAUUGAAGAACAUCAUUAUUAAACAUAAAGAAAGAAUGAAAAUUAUGGUAGGGGUCAUACAACUGCUUAAAAUAAUGAAUGGGCACACUAUUAUUUUACAUUAAAUGCAGUUUAAAAACUCACCCACCAUUACUUCAUCAAAUAGGUCAUGUGGUCACCUGUUUUUUCCUACUGGAUAUUAGGCAAUGGGGAUAUAACACAUUAAUUUGAAGCAAUGAAUUCAUAUUAUUUCAAUAUUCUAUUCUUCACAAUACGACUCCAAGGGGCACUUCUGUAUUGCUGCAUGUACUGAGAAUUGGUCCUACAUACUAUUAAGACAAUUAGACAAGCCCCAAUUUAUUUAUGGGAAAGGAUUGGCUCUGAUCAAAUGAAUUUUACAUAAUGCAGGACCAACCAGACAUAUGAAGGGAGCACAGUUUUAAGCAGGUUUAAAGAGCAAACAAAAAGAAAAUAUGUUAUCACAUAAUUCAGGUGCAUUUGGGGUCAACAUUUUUAAGGGGGCACAUAUUGUUGGUUGUGUUUUUAAGAUAUGCUGCAUACAUUGUAAAAAGGAGGGGGGGGCAUGGGCCUGUUGUGCUACCCAAAAUUGACAGUGCCAUACAGGUUUCCUCUCUCCCUCCCUUGUACAAGUUGCUCAUCAAAGAUGUGUUUUUUUUUCCAGCUUGCUAAUAUUUGUUCGACUGUAUGAUUCUCAUUGGUGCAUCUUCAAAUUUUCUUGUACACUGUAAGUUGAUUUAGAGCAUUUCAAUCAGUAACUAUUCAGUAUAAUUUGGUUUUCAUCCAUACAUGUACUGCCUGAAGAUUGGCAGCUCAUUUGUAGCCAACAGAAGUUGGUGCAACAUGUCUUGAAUUUGUAUCUUUAAAAUGUGAAUGGAAUAUCCAUAUAAGCAAUGUAAGUUCUAAGAAACCUAUGAAGUUAUUGAAAAUAAACAACAAAAUAUGUAAAGUCUAAUUGUUGGAGUUUACUCAGA